AUGCAGGCGUGCGUCGAUCGAGGGGACGCCGGCGGUGCGGCGCAGGCCCAGAGGAGGCUAAGCGUGUGGGCGAAGAAGAGAAAGGGUAUGUCCGGGGUGUCUCCCUCCGCUGUGCCCCUAGUGAAGGCAGCCGUGGCGGCCAGGGUCCCGAGUUUGAAGAUCUUCACGAGGCCUCCCUAUGAGGACAUCGACCCGAAGGCGGCGGCCGAGAUGCUGCUUUGGGUCGCCAGCAAUGACGACGUCGCCAGGGAGAGGCAGUACGACCACAUCAGGAGGGUCUCGGGCAAGGUGGCGUGA